CUUUAGUCAUAAACUCUUUAAAAAAAAAACUUUAGUUUAUUUAUAUAGCCGUUGUCUCCUCCUCCUCCAUAAAAUUUCAUAGAUCACUAGAUUUCUAACCAUGCAAAGUAGUCAUAAUAAUUCUAUCACAUAUUUAUCUUCUAGUGAUCAAUUAGUUGAAGAUGAUCAACUUUCCACUGUUCUCUCUCUUGGUCCUCCUGGCCAAAAAAAUAGUACAAUUUUUCAUGACUAUUUUUCUUCUUCUAGUUGUCAUGAAUUUCAAAGUUAUAAUAAUCAAGAAAGUGUCACUGUGGCUCUUCAUAUUGAUUCAUCAAGUACAAUAAGUUCAAACAACAACAAUAAUCCUAGUAGAAACAAAGGGGAUCACAAUAGUAAUAAUAAUAAUAUUUCACUAGUAAAUGGACAAUAUUGGAUUCCAACUCCUGCCCAAAUUCUUGUUGGACCUACUCAAUUCUCUUGUGCUGUUUGCAACAAAACUUUCAACAGAUUCAACAACAUGCAGAUGCAUAUGUGGGGGCAUGGAUCACAAUAUAGAAAGGGACCAGAUUCACUAAAAGGGACAAAACAAGCUUCAUCAAUGUUAAGGCUGCCUUGUUAUUGUUGUGCUGAAGGUUGUAAGAACAGCAUAGACCAUCCAAGAUCAAAGCCAUUGAAAGAUUUUAGGACUCUUCAAACACAUUAUAAAAGAAAACAUGGGGCUAAACCAUUUAAUUGUAGAAAAUGUGGGAAGAAUUUUGCUGUAAGAGGAGAUUGGAGGACUCAUGAGAAAAAUUGUGGAAAAAUUUGGUUUUGUAUUUGUGGUUCUGAUUUUAAGCAUAAGAGGUCACUUAAAGAUCAUGUUAAAGCUUUUGGAGAUGGACAUGCACCACAUAGUGAGAAUUCUUAUUAUCAUGUUGAAGGAGACGAGGACGAGGAAGAAGAAGAUGAUAAUGAUGAAAUCAUGGAAAUGGAACUUUAGAUUUAUAAAAAGGUAUGCAGUUCAGUGCA